AUGACGUCCGAAACUCAGGUUCCAGCUUCCGGAAAAGUUCUUGCUCCAGAAGCCAGCGCUGCCGGAUACGGACAAGAAACCGAAGUGACAGAAAAACUGGCGAAACCGGAUGACAUGGAUUCUAUGAUGCCAACUACGGCAAGCUCGGGCUCAAGCUCAAGCUCGACCUCAAGCUCAGUUGCUUCCGCCGCUCCUCCAUCUGCAGCUCCAUCGUUGACGCAAUUGGCUGGGGCGGUCGGAGGCCCUGGCGAAUCGUCUUCAAAAAUGAUAUGCCGGCCCGGACCACCUGGCCCAGCAGGCCGGCCCGGAAAUUCCGGAAAACCUGGAAUUCCCGGCGCUCACGGCGUACCCGGGAUCCCUGGCAGGCAAGCCCUCCUCCCCUGCGACACCCUGACGCCCCCACCCUGCAAGCCGUGCCCCAGGGGCCCAGCUGGGCCC